GUUUUAAGUGGAAUGAAAAUCCUCUUUCACCUUCUUCAACCUCCUGCGAAUCUAUGGUAUCUCUGAUACAGAGGUCUGGAUUUAUGCGUAUAUACAGUAUACAUCAUUGAAAAUCAGAUCAAACGACUAUGAGGAGCGUUUCAACUUCACUCUGCAGUUGUUUCUCCAUUCUCAUACUUGUUCUAGCCCCAAUCUCAUUCGCUCAGGGAUACAUGAUGGAUAUAAAAGUUUUGCAAGUCGGACAGGAGCUAAUGAAGGAAACUCUUCCAUUACAAUCCGGAUCGAGACUAUAUGAACUGCAAGGGUUGAAUUCCAAUAAGUGGUAUGAAGUGAAGAUCUCAUAUCCUGCUUCUAUACCAGCUACUUUUACUCUACAACUAAGUAAAGGAAGUUCAGGGCUAAAUGUUGGUAGGAAGUUACUGAAUACUGAAAAGAUUAUUUUUCAGGCGGACAACAGUCUUCAAUUGCUUGGUGACGAGGGAAAAAUGUUUGUCCUGGUAAAUGUGGAGCCUGAGGGAAUUGUUGCAAUACCUGGGGUAAAGGAGAGAGAGCACAUCAUAUAUAAUAUAGUAUGUGAUGAGCUACUAUUUGGCAUCCCUCAUCAAGCAUGGUAUGUCGUAGUGCUGGUGGUGCUCUGCUUAGCACUGGCACUUGUAAUCCCGUCAUUUCUUCCAUCCUAUCUUCUACCAAGGAAUCAAGGGUUAGAUGCUGCUGAUCAUGGUAUUUCUAAGGACUCUUGAUCAUGUUUUGGUAUGUCACCUGUGACGUAACAUACAUUCAGCAAUGGUAGUAGUAGAUCUUGAAGCUCAAGUAUUUAGAAAACUUUCUAACUGGUGUAAGGUAGUUUUGUUAAUUGCAAAUGAUUAAGAUCUACGUCAUUACUCAAUGCAACUCUCAAAACCCUAUCUCUUUAUGUACUCUUUUCCCUUCUCUUGGCUGUAAACACGGAGUUAGUUUGUGCUGUCAUUUUUCUAGCUUGAAUGAAGUAUCAGCUUGCAAAAUUAUCAUGUGAUAUUGUUCAAGUGAAUUAACAUCUACUAGCCCCUGUUCAUAAAUGUGCCCCUUGUUAUUAGCGGAAAGGAAUCCUAUUUCAGAACCAGGAGAAGCAUCAAGAUACAUGUGAUACACCUUACUUUUCCCAUACUGUUAUCUUUCUCGAGGUAAAACCAGGAACCUUUUCUCCAUUUUAGACCAUAAUUCACUUUCUCCAUGUUUUCCUUCUUCCCCGCCAAUUGUUUGAUCAUGAAUGCUCAUAAAACUAAAGGCUCAUGCCAAGCUUCCCAUCACCCCUCAUGUCAGACCACCCAAGAAGAUGAUGCCUAUGUAUUUUCAUGUGUCCUUUGGGUCCCCCCCACUUCAUCACAAAAAAUACUAUAUAAUGCAAGACUUUCCUAGUCCUUUGCAUUCAUUCUCAGUUCCUUCCUAAAAAGUAUAACAACCUCUAUUGUUAUAAGUUUUAGCCAUGUCUGAUCAGCAGAAAGAACUCCGUGGAUCACCACCAAAUUACGAAGCCUUGAGGCUCGUGGCAGCAGGAACACUUGGUGCUGCUUUGUUAGGCUUGUCCAGUCUUAUCUUUGCAGGGACAGUUAUAUUUAUGAUCCUUGCAGCCCCAUUCCUUGUCGUGUUCAGCCCAAUUCUUGUUCCAGCUGCGAUGAUUCUCGUCUUGAGCACUGCUGGUUUCUUGUUUUCUGGUGGGAGUGGCAUAGGGGGAUUAGCUGCAAUAUUGUGGUUGUGUAGGAAAGCUCGUGGGCAACUCCCUUAUGCUGCAGGCCAACUUGAUUUUGCUAGAAUGAGGAUUGCAAGCAAAGCUUGGGAUAUGAAGGAAAGAGCUAAAGAGGGUGAACAAUUUGUGCAGAACAAGGCCCACGAAAAUACUGAAGCCUAACAAUAUGAAAUGUUAUUGAAGUGCAAUUUGUGUUACCUUAUCUUAAGACACUGAGUAAUAUCCUAAUAAUAUAAAGUGGGAAAA